GGGGAAGAGGGAUGAGUUGGUUAGGGUUGAUGAGGGGAGGGGGUGGUUGUUUGGUGGGGAGGGGGUUGUGAUUGAUGUGAUGAUGUACUUUUUGUGGUUUUGCGGGUUAGAACAAGAUAGAAGUAUUUCGGAAAUAUGAUAGUAAGAAAUGAAAGGACGAUUAGAAAACGAGUUGACUCUGAUUUUGGAAAAUGUAGGUAGAUAUAAAUGCCAGCAGGACUAAAGGAACAAAAAAUCAAAAGAAAAAAAGGAAGGGACUUUGAAAAUAACUCAUAACCCAGAUCUUGAUCUAUAAGUUGCCCAAAACCCACGAUAUCCAAACGCCUCGCUAUAUCUAUACCUGAUAUCUCACAAGCGCCAAGAACAAAAAACCAACCCGAUCCCAGAAUCCCAAAGCUCACCUCAUCUCAUAACAGGCGGUCUCCCCUCCUUAUUCCACUUGACUCUCGUCCUCACCCACUCCACCGCCUCCUUAACCCCCGUCCCCGUCAAAGCACUAACAGGAAGCACUCUCGAAUCCCGAAUGCCACUCCCCUUACUCCCCUCAAACACCUUCUUCACCAACCCCUCCUUAAUCCUCACCACCUCCACACAAUCCUCUCGGUCCUGUUUAUUGGCCAGCACCAACAGUGGCACGCCCUCCGUCUCACUAUGCGUCAAGACAUCUUCCAACACUAACCUACACUCCUCCAAUCGAUCGUUAUCUUCAUGUUCCAGGUUCCCGUCCCCGAUAUCUGUGCUAUCGAUGAUAAAUACGAUGGCGUGACAGGAGGUGUAGUAUGACUGCCACAGUUUUCGGAGAGAGUGCUGUCCGCCUACGUCCCAUAUUUUUAUGUACAUGUCUGGUAGCGUGAUGGUGGAGACAUUCUGCCCAACGGUUGGGACUGUUUUGAGUUUUGGGGCGGGUGCCGAGGGGUUGAAGAGCGCUUUUACUUGUUCGUGGAAGGUGGUUUUGCCGGCGUUGUCGAGGCCGAGGAGGAGGACGGAGUAUUCUGUGGGAGGAGUUAGUACUGGUGGGCGAAAUGGAGAAUUGAGGGGAGGGACCUUCUUUGCUUGUGGCAUACAAGUAGAGGCCUUUUGCGAGGUGAUACAUGGUGGUUCGCUCUCUAGCUCGACGGCAAUGGCAAUCGGUAGAUGACGUGUGAAGAAGGAAGGAGUUUUGAAUGCCCUAACGACAAAGGCAUAUGCUUCUUCAUAUGGAAAUCAAUAUCUGGCAGGCUUGGAUCGGGAUGAUGUUGAAUUGAAGGCUGAGAUGAAGUACUUGGCCUUUCCCCACAAGGCUGAGGUGAGAGAUGGUCGACCAAUGAGAGGCUUUCAGAUGAUGUGGCUCAAAUCCGGGGUGUGGCGUUCGUGGCUAGUACCCGUAAUUUCAACGCGCUUCCAUGUAACAUCUUCAUCUCAUAACAAACAAACCCACCUGAUUACAUGAAUGUUGUUGUAUGCCGAUUUAUACACUGAUAAUCCUCCCCAAAACACCAUUCAAGCAGCAUAAUAACGGCUGAGAAAGCAUUACAAGCUUUACUUGAUGUGGUAAAGAUGGCACCAGUGGAGACAACCUCAGCCCCCAGGCAAGUUCAUCUAUCGUGAUUUCACCACGUUUUAGCAGCCAUUUCAUCACUUAUACCUUUUUACAUCUCAUAAUUCUUCUAUUUAGAAGCUAUUUUGAGAAUACAACCUUCAGUCCUUUGAAUUCAUUUCAUAAGAACUCUUCCGAAUAUCUGCUGAUGACGUAUCUCAUAGCCUCAUCCCAGCAACCAUCACAGGAUUCCAUUUCUUUUCAAUCGGAUAUCUUGUAUUGCUAGCAGGAAGAACUAUUUAUCGCUCAAAACUAGCUCUUACUCCAUCCUCGGCAACUAGAUAUCGCGAGCCUUUACGUCGAAAUCAUGUUCGGACUUUUUCUCUCCUAGCCAUUGCUAGUAUGUUCUCUGCGGGCUUCUUUGGGUUAAAAUAUGCUACGCUUUCUUAUCGAGUAUGGGCUGCUGAAAGAGGGGUGGUAUUACCUAUAACGUGAGUACACCUUUAACUGAGUAAACGGGAAAUAUAAUUAACGAGUGAAUAGACUUUUUGGCGACGAUGGAGCAUUCCGUCCAGGUGAACAUCCCGGGAGAGUACAUAUCGUGAGAUGGCUUAGCGAUACGCCCUUCUAUCGAGAUGCUCUUGAAAUCGUUUCCGAAAAGCAGAGACAUUUCUGGUGGGGCCAACAAGCAAAUCUUGGACUUACAGCCUGGAGUAUGUUUGUAGCCAUCGAAGGACGAAGACGCAAAAUCUCGAAUCUAUGGGUCUUUUUGGCUCUUUCCCAGCUUAUCAAUCUAUCUUUUGCUCAGAACUUAUUCUUCAUUGCUGUCUUGCUCACUCCUGUACCCCUACCGGGAAAUGUCAAGGACAUUACGAGAGAUUCCAUGGGUGUUACUUCAAACAGGUUAGCCGAUCAAUCUCGAAAGGGGUGUUGUUCAUUAAAAUUUCCCAUAGAUUCUCGGAAAUUAAGGAGAAAAUGUUUCCAGAGAAACCGGAAGGAUUCAUUCCCCAUACUGGACUCUAUAUCAGUCUUAUCCUCACUAACUUCAUGUCCAUCUUCCUCAUCCCAUUCGCUUCCAAUACCCCCUCAUUCACAACCAUCUCUAUCCUCUCUCGCACCCUCCCCUUCUCGUUCCUCGCUCUCCCGUACAUAAUCCCACAGUCCUGGGGCAAAAUUCAUACGAACCCUCACACACCCCAAUUAACCUAUUCAACAAUCUUCCGCACCAUCUCUGCCAUCUCCCUAUUACAUCUAAAAACCACCACACUGGCAUUAAUCCACAACACGCCCUCGGAGUAUACAUACCGUCACUCCAUCCUUCAUCCAUUCUCGUCAGAACAUCACUCUACUUUAGACCGUGGAUCUACAGCCGUCACUAGUCUGCUCGGAGCUAUUGGUGAGCAUCCUGCUGUCAGUGCUGCCGGCUGGGAUGUUCUCCUCUCAGGACUCAAUUUGGGAAUCUGGGCUGCGGCAAGGGGAUUAGAUGCAAAUGAUACGAUGAGCUCUUGUAUUCCAUUCUUUGGUUCCGUCAAGAAAGUUUCAGAAGCUGCUGAGGAAGUGAUCGUGGACGAGAUUAAAGAGGAACUGUUGGUCUCCCCCUUCUCCUUCCUCUCUCGAUAAAUUCAUGAAGCAAACACUAACUCUCCACUUCGCAGGACAUCCACGUCCCGCACCCCAGGUCGACCAAAGAAAUCCGCCACCACUGGUAAACGCGGCAGACCGGCUAAGAAUAGGUUGCCCACGCCAGAGGAUACUUAUCAACCUGAUGAGACUGGACCAGUGGCAGAGGGCGAUGAAGAGGUGGAAGAGGAUUGGGAGAGUGCGGCACUCGCUUGGGGUGGUAUUGCGAUUGGAGGGUUGGGAUUUGGUAGCGCGGGGGCUUAUGGUGGGGAGGUUAGAGCGAGGUGAGUUUAAGAUGGGAGGAGAGAGGGAGUUGUUUUUUAAAGUUUUGUUUUUGGUAUAUCAAGGGUCGGGGGCUCAUGGGGUGGGAUUGGCUGGGUGUGAGAUUGUGAAGUGUGAAGCGGGAGUAUAGUCUUUUGGUUGGAUGGUUUUGUUCUGGGUAUAACGACAUUAGGAAGUCGAUUUAAGAGAAUCUGAGCGUGGAGAUGUAGGAGCCAGUCAGAUGUAUGGGGGUAGAAAGUCAUUCCACUACGAUAUCCAGUUCCGAUUUCUGAAGGACACAAUCCGCUGGCUUACUUGUAAAUAUUCAACAAGGUACAGUCUCAUCAUCCCCUCACUAGAAUGAUGCUAAGACCAUACAUAGUCUCAGCCUUGAUGCAUCAGUGUCUUUAGUUAAGAAACGCGGUUUAGACUCUCAACUUACUAAGUUACUACCACUGCACGCAGGAGC